GCGUGUGUGGACUCAGCAGGAAGACGGUUGUGUUUGUCGUACCUCAGCUGAACAUUUGCAUAGUUUCAGCAACAAUGUCUCCAGUUCAGCAUCUGAGAGAGUUUAUCAGAGAGCGACUGACUGCUGCUGCUGAAGAAAUCUUCUCAGAGGUUGAGAAAACCAUCGUCCGCUACGAGGAAGACGCCAGACUGCUGGAAAGCUGCUGGAGACCCCAGAUAAAACUCACCAGAAUCGACCUCCAAAAGCCACAUGUCUCCACAGAGGAGGAAGCUUCUACAAUCCAACAGCUUUGUAACCAGGGGGUAAGGUCCUGUCAUGACCAGGACCUUCCCUCCCCUACUUCCCUCACCCCUCCCCUGAUUGAAGAACAAGCCCCAGAACGUUCACUGAUUAAAAAAGGGAAUCCAGAACCUCUUCUAAUUGAUGAACAAGGGGAUAAAGGACCUCCAUUGAUUAAAGAGGAAGAUCAUCACCCAGAACUUCCAUUGAUUAAAGAACAGAGGGAUACAGAACCUCAAUGGGUUAAAAAGGAAGAGGAAAACCUAGAACCUCAGUUGAUUGAAAAACAAAAUGUGAAGCCUGAGUCUUGUUUCGCUGAGGAGGAACGAAAGUUAAUAGAACCACUGAUUGAAGAGCAGGUGGUAGCAGGAAAUCCACCUAUUAAGGAGGAAGAAGACCCAGAACCUAUACUGGUUCAAGAAGAAAACAAAAUGGAUAAUUCAAGGAUAAAACAUGAACAACAGGUAUUAGAACAUUUACCAAUUACACAAGACCAGAAGGAUAUCUGCAGCAAUCAGGAGGGAGAGCACUUUGUUCAAAAACAGUUCAUUACUAUAAUGGAGACUUUCACUCUGAAAGAAAGUGACACUCCUGUAGUUAAAACCAAAGAUCAAGAAAACCACAGCUCCACUCAAUCUCAAACUGGUACAAAAAAGAGUCGGUCUCAUUCCGGUACAAAAAAAAGAGCUUUCACAUGUGACAUUUGUGGAAAAUCUUUAGAGGGAUUGUAUACAUUAAAAAAGCAUUAUGAAAUCCACACAGGUAAGAGACCUUUUCCUUGUCAGACAUGUGAAAAAAGUUUCUAUAGAAAGUGUGACUUGAAUAUUCACAAGAGAAUCCACACAGGUGAGAGACCAUAUUCUUGUCAGAUAUGUGGAAAAACUUUUUUUCAGAAUGGUCAUUUAACUAUUCACAAGAGAAUCCACACAGGUGAGAGGCCAUAUUCUUGUCAGAUAUGUGGAAAAACCUUUUAUCAGAAUGGUCAUUUAAAUGCUCACAAGAGAACCCACAUAGAAGAGAGACCUUUUCCUUGUCAGAUAUGUGAAAAAAAAUUCUGUACUAACCGUGAUUUAAAUCUUCACGGAAGAACCCACACAGGUCAGAAACCUUUUUCUUGUCAGACAUGUGGAAAAAGUUUUUUGCGACUUAGUAAUUUAAAUGUUCACAAGAGAACCCACACAGGCGAGAGACCUUUUUCUUGUCAGACAUGUGGAAAAAGGUUUUUACGACUUGGUAAUUUAAAUGUUCACAAGAGAACCCACACAGGUGAGAGACCUUUUUCUUGUCAGACAUGUGGAAAAAGGUUUUUGCGACUUAGUCAUUUAAACGUUCAUAAGGGAACCCACACAGGUGAGAGACCUUUUCCUUGUCAGACAUGUGGAAAAAGGUUUUUGCGACGUUGUCAUUUAAAUGUUCACAAGAGAACCCAUGCAGGUGAGAGAUCUUACUCAUCAGAUGUGGAAAAUAAUUCUCCAAUAAGCUUUUUUUAAUUGUUAACAAAAGGACCCACAUAGGCGAGAGGCCUUUUUUUUGUCAGACAUGUGCAAAAGCUUUUUAUCACUGUGAUCAAUUAAAUGUUCACAGGAGAACCCACACAGGGAGAUACUCUAUUUUUCGGACUGUAAGGCGCUCUUGAAAUCCUUAAGUCUUCUCAAAAAUUGAUGGUGUGAUUUAUAAUCUGGUGUGCCUUACGUAUGAUUAAAGUUGUGCUUACUUAUAUGCUA